AUGGCCCUGAUCGUUGAGGUGUACCAACAAAUAGCCGACAAAGGCAUCUUGUCGAAACCCCACCAGCUCAAGGACAGAACUGGCGGAAACAAGAAUCUCUACUGUGACUACCACAAAGGUUUCGACCAUAAAACCCAAGAUUGUUUUGACUUGAAGGAUGCUUUGGAACAGGCAAUUCUUGAAGGCAAACUGUCGGAGUUCUCACAGUUCAUAAGAGAACCAAGGAGGCAAGAACUCGAAGAAGACAACGACCGCGGCUUCACUGUCGUGAAAGUCAUAGUCGGAAGAAACAUAGCACUGAGAUCGAAGUCGGCAGCAAAGAAAGACGCCAAGAUUCUGGCCGUAUCAUCAACUAACCAUGGACCCUCCCCCAGGAGAACCCCAAGGAUAUCAUUCGAACCAGAGGACCAAUGGUUCCACGACAUCCCGGAGAACCCUCCCAUGGUAAUCACGGCAAAAGUGGGAACAGGUUUGGUCAAGCGAAUUCUCGUUGACACCGGUGCCGACUCCAACAUUAUGUUCAGAAACGUGUUUGACGCCCUGGGCCUCCGAGAAACCGACUUAAAAACUUAUCAGCACGGGGUGGUCGGCCUAGGAGACAAUUUUAUAAAACCUGACGGGAUAGUCUCCCUCUCGGUCUCUAUAGGAGGGGGUCAAGGAAAGAGGUCGCUAAUGGCAAAGUUUGUUGUUCUGAGGGACUCCACGGCUUACAACCUUAUCUUAGGGAGGAAAACAAUCAACGAGUUCUGUGCGGUAAUAUGCACUAAGAUGCUGAUCAUGAAGUUUGUAGCCAACGAUGGAUCGGUGGGAUCCCUUAGGGGAGACUUGGAAACGGUGGUCGCGUGCGACAAUGCCAGCCUUUCCCUAAAGAAGAAGUCGAAGGAGGCGUCUGGGAUCUUCCUAGCCGAUCUGGAUGCUAGGAUUGACGAUAAACCGAGACCAGAGCCUGAAGGAGACCUGGAAAAGUUUAGGGUCGGGGACUAA